AUGAGCAAACUGUUGUCCAAGACGCUUGAUCCACAAUCUGUACAACCUACCAAACAGUGCAACAUCAAACCAUUUCUCAGACCAUCCAGUACCAACAAUGAUAAUAAUGGAGUGCUGAUGCCACAGUUAAUUCAACAGCAUCUUCAUGACACAGUUGGAAAAUAUAAUAAAAGUACGCUUGCUCGAACAUCUGAUAGAAAUGCCAUUGGAGCUCUUUCUUCUAACCUUCAAUUACCUGGCUCCAAGAAUCAGACUAACACUGAUAAUCGAUUCUGUGUAUCCUACCCUGGAUCAAAGCUCAAAAGUAGUCUCUUCUGCUUUUCUACUUAUGAAGAAGGUAAUUCUUCAGCCACCAACCAUAAGCAUAUAUGCUCAGAUAGUGCUCCACCGCAUGACAAAGCUGAAUCUUUCAUGUGUAUGAACUGCUUCAAAUUUCUUCCCCAAAACAUAGAAGAUGCUCCAGAAUUGUUAGCAUUUGCAACAGAAUAUCAAAUGAGCCAACAAUGCUUAAAAUCUAUUGCUAAAACACAUAAAGGCAACAAACGUUCAAGGUCAAGAAAAACUCAGAAAUCUCACACCAGAGGUGAAAAAGUUCCAGAUGGAAUUGAAGCACUGAAAUGCAUCAGCAGUGAACCAGACAUACUGGCUCCCAAACCAGAUUGCAGCUAUUGCGAAGCAAAAAAACUUUAUUCUGAAACACCAAAUUUCUGCUGUUCUGCUGGUCAGAUAGUUCUCCAAGAGAACAAACUUCAAGAUAUUCUCAUAGAACUAUAUACUGGUCAUUCUGCUGAAGCUCUUUCUUUCAGAACAUAUGUCAGAACAUAUAAUAAUAUGUUUGCCUUCACCUCUUUCGGAGUACAUUAUGACAGAUCCCUAUGCAGGAGAACUAAUGGUAUCUACACAUUCAAAGUCCAGGGACAAACCUAUCACUUCAUCAAGGAUCUUAUUCCACAUGAGUGCAGGACUGUUUAUUUGCAGCUAUAUUUUCAUGAUACAGAGCAUGAGUUAGAAAACAGACUGGCUACAUCAGAGAACCUAACAGAAAGUGCAGUGAAAAAAAUUAUGCAUGUCAUGGAAUUGAAUCCAUAUGCCUCUUUUCUCCGAAGCUUAAAAAAUGUUCCGAAUCUCGACUCAUAUCAAAUCGUCUUAAAGUCUCAUUCAGAAAAUGACCAGAGAGUUUGGAAUCAACCAACUGCAUCUCAAAUUGCAGCCUUGUGGGUAGAGGGCCAAGAAUCUGGAGAAGGAUACAAAAGGCAUAUCCAAAUCUAUACUAAAGAAGGCAAGGAUCAUCUGGUGCACUACUAUUAUGGAUGCUAUGAUCCAUUGCAGUAUCCGCUGCUGUUUCCAUUUGGAGAGACAGGAUGGCAUCCUGGUAUAAAAAGAACACCACCACAUAAUCCAAACAAAAGGAAAAGAUACAAUAGAACAGCCAACUGCACUCCUGCUUCUACUGAUUGCAAAUCUGCAGAAGAACUAAUAGCAGCUGAACACCAAGCUUCUCACAAUCCUGAAAACAAUAAAGAGUUUGUAUCUAUGCGUGAGUAUUACGCAUACAAGUUGCAGAUGCGGGAAAAAUACACUCCAGGCAUACUCAAUACCGGCCGACUACUUCAACAAUAUGUCAUCGAUAUGUACAUCAAGAUAGAAUCUCAGAGACUUGAUUAUUACAGAAGCCGACAACAGUUAAUAAGAAGAGAGGAACUUCAAGGCAUAAUGGACAGUGUCAUGUCAGGACAUUGCCAAGGAUCCAAAAUAGGUCAGCGAGUUAUUCUUCCAGCAUCAUUCAUAGGUGGUCCUCGCGACAUGAGAAGAAGAUAUGUUGAUGCUAUGGCUCUCGUGCAAAAAUUCGGCAAACCAGAUUUAUUUAUCACUAUGACAUGCAAUCCUUCAUGGCCUGAGAUGAAAAAACACAUGCUACCUACUGAUGAAGGUCAUAACAGACCAGACUUACUCGCUCGAGUUUUCCAUGCUAAGCUUGAUCUUUUGAAGGACCAACUCUUCAAGAAACAAAUAUUUGGAGCAGUAGCAGCUUAUACCUAUGUUGUUGAGUUUCAGAAACGUGGUCUACCGCAUACUCAUUUCCUCAUAAUUUUAGAGCCAGGUUCAAAACUUUAUUCCACAGAAUCCUAUGAUAAAAUCGUCAGUGCAGAAAUUCCAGAUAUAACAGCAAAUCAACAUUUAUUCAGAAUGGUUCGAAAGCACAUGAUCCACGGUCCUUGCGGAGCACAAAAUCCAUAUAAUGUUUGUAUGCAAGGAAAUCAGAAGAAAAGAUGCAGAAAUAAUUACCCAAAAUCAUUUGCUCAGACAACCUUUCAUGGAAAGAAUGCGUAUCCUACUUAUCGAAGGAGAAAUGAUGGACAGAAAAUAAUUGUUCGUGGCCAUCAGCUUGAUAACAGAUGGAUAGUUCCACACAACAGAUACUUAUUGGCAAAAUUUGAUUGCCACAUAAAUGUUGAAAUCUGUUCCACUGUGAAAGCUGUCAAAUAUAUAUACAAAUAUAUAUACAAGGGUCAUGAUAGGAUUCAUUUUAGAGUAAACUCAGAUGCUCCUGCUCAAGACAAUAAUAGCUCCCAACCUCUUCCAAUCGAUGAAAUAAAGGACUUCCAAUCAGCUCGAUGGGUGUGUGCAGUUGAAGCAAUUUGGAGAGUGUACAGAUUUAACCUCAGUGAGAUCCACCCUUCUGUAAUUCAUCUCCAGCUCCAUCUACAAAACUGUCAGUCCAUGAGUUUCACACCUGAUCAAGACCUACGAGAUGUAAUCAGCAACAAGUAUACAAAAAGAACUAUGUUAACUGAAUUCUUUUACAUGAAUUCUGUGGAUGAGUUAGCUCAGGAUCUUAAGUGCACAUACAAAGAAUUCCCAGAGCACUUCGUUUGGUACCCCGGAAGAAAAAAAUGGGAACCUAGAAAGCAAAAGGACUGUAUUGGCAGAAUUGUCACAGCAGGUAUAAAAGAAGGAGAACGUUAUUUUCUUCGACUACUUCUAACACAUGUGAAAGGCCUCAAAUCAUUUGAAGACCUCAAGACAGUGAAUGGAACAUACGUAAACACAUUCCGUGAAGCAGCAAUUCUCAGAGGAUACUUUGAAUCAGAUACAUCGCAAGAAGAAUGCCUCGAAGAAGCCAGUUCAUAUCAAAUGCCAUACAUAUUGAGAAGGCUGUUUGCAACUUUGUUGGUACACUUUUCUCCAUUAAAUGCUAGAAAGCUAUGGGAGAAAUUUGAACAUUGUCUAUCAGAAGAUUUCAUGAAAAUACCAGAUAUAUCAACUGAUGAAACACGAUACAAGGUUCUAGAACAGAUAAACAAUUUUCUUGAAUCUAUGGGAAGAGAUAUUAACUCAUAUGCCCUGGUUCCAUAUCUUUUAAAUUUUAAUGAUCUCAACAAGAGCACGAGGGACACAAUAGCAGAGACAAGAAUCACUGUGCUAGAGUCUGAUCUGCAAAAAAUUGAUCUAUUAAACAAUGAUCAGAAAACUGCCUUUGAUAUAAUCACUCAUGCAGUCUUCCAAAAGAAACAUGGAUGCUUUUUUGUUGAUGGUCCAGGUGGAACCGGAAAAACUUUCCUUUAUCGAGCAUUAUUAGCUGAGGCAAGAUCCAAAGGAUUCAUUGCGCUGGCUACAGCAUCAUACGGAGUAGCAGCUUCAAUAUUGCCCGGUGGGAGAACAGCUCACUCAAGAUUUAACAUACCAUUAGAUACAACAAAAAAUAAGAAUUGCAGAAUCAGCAAGCAAAGUUCGUCGGCAGAACUUCUGCAAAAAGCCAGUCUUAUAAUUUGGGAUGAAGCUCCGAUGAUAAAUAAAGGUUCAAUAGAAGCUGUUGAUAGAUUACUCCAGGAUCUAAUGGACUCAAAUGCCUUAUUUGGAUCUAAAGUGAUCGUUUUCGGAGGAGAUUUUCGACAGGUAUUACCAGUUGUUCCUAAAGGAACAAAAUCAGAAUUCAUUGAUGCCAGCAUAGUCAACUCAUAUAUAUGGCCACACCUUCAUAAGCUUCAACUUACAGAAAACAUGAGAGCAAGGGAUGAUCCAGAAUUCAUUGAAUAUUUGCUUCGUGUUGGAAAUGGAACAGAGCCUACUGUCAACAACGACUGCAUACAAAUACCUCCAUCAAUGCUGAUAAGAUAUACAAAUGAUGAAGAUUCAAUCAAACAGUUGACUACCACGGUAUUCCCAGAUUUGUCAAUAUUCUCUCAUCAUGAUUUCUCAGCUGUAAAUCGUGCUAUACUCACAACAAAAAAUGAGUUUGUUGAUCAGAUUAAUCAGCAGCUCAUACACGAUAUGCCUGGUUGCAUUCAAGAAUACAUUAGCCGAGACAAAUGUAUUGAAGAUUCUGACCAAACAAUCAUGGAGGACUUCAUAAAUGCCCUAACACCAAAUGGAUUUCCACCUCACAAAUUGAUUCUCAAGCCAAACACUCCAAUUAUGCUCCUCAGAAAUAUUGAUCCGCCCCAAGGACUAUGCAAUGGAACAAGGCUCAUCUGCAAAUCCUUAAAGUCCAAUGUCAUAUAUGCUACAAUAAGUUGUGGAGAAUUCACUGGCAAGGAAGUCUUCCUUCACAGAAUCUGCUUCAGAAUAGAAAAUGAUCCAGAGUCGCCAGUAUCUUUUGAAAGAAUACAAUUUCCUAUUCGACCAUGCUUCGCUAUGACUAUCAAUAAAGCUCAAGGGCAGACUCUAGAUUUUGUGGGAAUAUAUUUACGUGAACCAGUUUUUUCACACGGCCAGUUAUAUGUAGCAAUGUCAAGAGCUAAGAACAAGAGUUCAAUAAAAAUUCUGAUCAAACCAGCUAUAUUUAGCACUGGAGAAGACUCAAUAACACAUAAUGUAGUAUAUAGAGAAAAACUACCCAUUACUUGCUCUUCUGAAUUACAGGAUGACAGAAAAGUGAUAGGUUUUGCUGAAAUCGUUCCCGGACUUCAAUACUGGACAACGAUAGCCCAAGUCCUUGACAAGCAGAAACCUCUACUAUCAAAAGCAGGAAAUCGUUAUCAGAAGCUUACUCUGAUUGAUAACCAGGGAAUUACAGUGGAAGCUAUGAUAUACAAGUCAGAUAUAGAAUUCUUCCGCAACCACUUCAACUUGUACAAACGUUACAUGAUAUCCAAUGCAAGAGUUGAAUACACUCCGCUGGAAUACCGUGCACAUGAAAAUCAAUGCACCUGGUAUAUUGACAACUCUACCAUUGUCCAAGCAAUCGAUGAAGCAAGCCCUCCAGAAAUUCCCUAUGUUUUCACAUUCACACCUUUCAGAAGAUUCUAUCAACAUAUUGAUGACACUUCAGACAUAGAUACCCUUGGCAUUGUUGCACAAGUUCAUCCACGAAAUCACAGAGGCCCUACCCCAACCAGAGAAAUUGUCAUCAUAGAUAACAGCUUCAUGCCAGUCAUCCUAACUUUGUGGGGUGAGCAUGAAACAGAUGAAGGGCAGACUAUUGCAAAUAUCAUUCAAUCAAUGCCACUCAUUGUCGCACUUCGAGUGAAGGUCUCAUCCUAUCACACUCUGAAUCUAUCAACAAAGUUUGGCUCAAGUAUUUUGGUGAACCCUCCUAUACAACAAGGUGCCUCACUGAAACAAUGGGCUGUGGAAAACAAGUCACAAAUUACUGAGCUCAUUGCACAAAAGGCAUACUGUGAUCGAGCAAAACUCCUACCACAACCCUCAGAAGAUGAGCUCUGCACAAUCACAGACUUCCUAAAAUUCCCAACGGUAAGAUUCUACAACUCUAACGUUCAUACUUCUCUACUGCUUAUAUCUGCCACAGAAUCAAGCAGCUGAUAAUGUAUUUUGUUCUCAGAAAAAAGCUUACUGGAUUCAAGGAACUCCACGAUUUCUCGACAGAAGCCAGCACUUAUGGUAUAAUGCAUGCUCAAACUGUCACAAAUCAUUCAGAGCAAAACCACUCUGGAAAAUUGUCUGCACUUCCUGCAAUAAGCAAGUGAAUGUCGUUCCAAGAUGCAGAUUAACCAUAGAGCUGGCUGACUACUCUGGAAUGCUCACACUUGAUCUAUAUGACAAUGAUGCAGAGCAACUAUUGCCCUUCACUCUACUUGAAAUUCAAGAACUUGAAGACAAGCACCAGCUCAACUACAUUGCUAUUGAACAAGCUAUUGAAAACACCAUUCUCACUUGCUUUGUGAAAAAAAUGAUGGGAAACCGUGGAUCCGGGGACACAGAAAAAUACACAGCCAUAAUAGUGCACAAAGCAAAUGCUGCAGAAAUCAUAUCAAAGAUUCCUACAACCCCAGCAUCGAUUGCUACUUCCUCCACAUGCGCUUCCUCGACUCCAGGACCAUCAACUGCAGAAGCUGUCCCAAAACACUCAACUUUUGACAGUGAAUUAUUCACAGCUCUCAAAAUUACAGAAAGUCCAACUAAGAGACAACGCACUGACGUGACUGAUAUGGAGCAGUAGAAUGUAAUAUCCUUACUUAAACUUUUGAUACACCUUUUGAACAUCUGAU